UCUUCGACCUCUUUUGCCUGAAGAUUAUAAAGAAUAUAUCGGCACAGACCUCUCCAAAACCAUGGUGGAUUACGCCAGAAGACACAUUGUAAUGCCCAAAUGUGAAUUUUAUGAAUUUGACGUUAAUUCUGAGCAUAUUCCUUCAAAUUUUCAGUCGAGAUUCGAUUAUAUAUUUAGUUUUUUUGCGUUGAUGUACGUUAAAAAUCCAGAGCAGGCUUUUAAAAAUAUCCACGCUAUGUUAAAACCAAAUGGACGAACUUUUAAUGUGUUUCUUCCAUUUCUUCCGACGGAUUCCGUCUAUAGAAAGCUCUGCAAACAUGAAAAAUGGGGAAAAUAUGGACACGAGCAAAUGUUAUCAUCCUACAGUUCUGCAGCAUCGCCAGAAAAUUGCUAUCAGCAGGCAUUAGAUAGAUCAGGAUUUAAGUAUUAUUUCUCAGUUGAAAAAACAUCUUAUACGUUUUCUAAUGAAGAAGAAUGGAAAGGAUUCUUUAUUUCUAUUAACACGGCGAUUCCUAACAUUCCUGAUGAUGAAUUGGAUGAAUACAAAGAAUUACUUUUUAACUUAAUUAAUAACGAAUUAUUAAUUGAUGGUAGUGUCAAGGGAAGUAAAAUAUAUAACUUAGAUUACUGUGUGAUGUCUGCAAGUAAAAUAUCUAGUUAAUACAACCAAAU